AGCGGAUUGAAGACAGAAGGGGAGAUGCUCUGUGCAGCCCCGGAACCCUCUGUCGGCGUCUCUGUCUCUGCCCGGCCGCCUUUCGGUGUGACACCGGCGGAAUCAGAUCAGGGUUGCACCUGCGCGGGGAUGGAUGUGGACACGGAGUGUGCGCCCGAGGACCCCCGCCCCCGCCCCGAGGCGGAGGGGGACAAGGAGAAGUCGUGGCGGGGGCCACGGCCGCGGGAUCACCCCAAGUACACGGAGAUGAUGGCUUUGGACAUUGCAGAUAGUACACAAGUAUAUACAGCUUUUCUGGUGUUUCUUGAUCUUCUCGAAGCCAGGAACUGGAAGGAUGUGACCUACAAGGGUUCAGAAGAGCUUCAAUUGAUCUACCUGCAGGGUUGCCCGGGUGAGCAGGAGGAAAUGGAACUGGUGGUGCCAAUGCCAAUUCAUAUGACAUUGAGUCAUGAAAGGAUUCGACAAAUUAUGGAGUGUAUCUGUGACCAAAGUAAAAAGGAAUUCACACUGGCCAUUGUUGACUCAGAUUCUACAGUGGUGUAUUAUCAAUUUACAAAUGGCUUUGUUAUACCAGACCCACCGGACAGUGUUGAAGAGGUGGACAGCACUCCGAGCAGAAAGAGACAGAAGAAGUUUCGGAGAUGACUACCGUUCAUCGUCAAUGCUAAAACUGUUGUGGAUUUUUUUUUCCCUGUGGAGAAUAAUGAGUUAAAUAUCUGCAAGUCAAGAACUCAACUAUAUUGUAUCAGUUGACUGUAUUUAUGUCUUGUAUUUACAUGUGUCUCAUGUCUUGCUUGUUGCUUUCACUAUGAUGAUAUAAUUCUGUAAUGG